AAAUGAUUACUACAUAGUUGUAUCUUCUUAUAAAUAUACAAAGAAAGAAAAAGAAGAACAAAGGUUCAAUGGGUUCACGACAAGAGAAGAAGCCACAUGUAGUGUGCAUACCAGCUCCAGUACAAGGUCACAUUAACCCAAUGCUAAAACUUGCCAAAAUCCUUCAUUCAAAAGGCUUUGAUAUAACUUUCAUCAACACUGAAUUCAACCACCAACGCCUCGUAAGGUCUCGCGGCUCAGACGCGUUACGUGGUUUACCUUCCUUUCGGUUCGAGACCUUUCCCGACGGCCUUCCAACCCCGGAAAACCUUGAUGCUACCCAAGAGGUGACAUCUCUAGCAAGAUCCCUUGAAGACAACUGUUUGGGAGCGCUUAAAGAGCUCAUUUCAAAAUUGGGUGCUUCUUAUUCACCAGUAACUUGCAUAAUGGCUGAUUUGCUUAUGGGGUUCACACGUGCGGCUGCUAAAGAACUCGAUAUCCCCGAGUUUUUCUUAUGGACUAGUGGGGCUAGCUCUUUGUUAUGCUUUGAGCAGUUUUCUUAUCUUUUGGAGAAGGGCUUGAUGCCCCUUAAAGAUUCAAGUUUCGCAGUAAAUGGUUACUUGGAUACGGUUGUAGAUUGUAUACCAACCAUGCCUGGCCUACGUUUAAAAGAUUUUCCGCCUUGGAUUAGAUGUUUGAACCCGGGUGAUGAAUACAUGGUUGAGUUUAUUUCUUUACAAAUGGAGAGAGCAAAAACUGCACCUUUCUCUGUUAUUGUUUUCAAUACUUGUCAUGAACUUGAAAAAAACGACACUUUUGACACAAUUUCUUCAAAGUUUGGUCCUUGUUAUGCAAUUGGCCCAUUGCAUUUACUAGAGAAGAAACUUGUUGACAAAUCUCUUGCAUCAAUCAAAUCAAACCUUUGGAAAGAAGACCUCGAGUGUUUAGAAUGGCUAGAUUCAAAGGAGCCAAAUUCGGUCGUUUAUGUGAACUUUGGUAGUAUUACAGUAAUGACAUCUCAACAACUAGUCGAGUUUGGUUGGGGACUAGCAAAAAGUAACUAUUCAUUCUUGUGGAUUAUACGCCCUGAUGUCGUGAUUGGUGAGUCUGCUGUUCUUCCACCCGAGUUGUUGGAAGAGACAAAAAAUAGAGGCUUGUUAGCUAGUUGGUGCCCUCAAGAACAAGUUUUAAGUCACCCGUCAAUUGGAGGAUUUUUAACACACAACGGAUGGAAUUCAACGAUUGAAAGUAUUUCUAAUGGAGUACCAAUGAUUUGUUGGCCCUUUUUUGGUGACCAACACCCAAAUUGUUGGGUGUGUUGUAACAAAUGGGGUGUUGCCUUAGAGAUCGACAAUGAUGUGAAGAGGGAUGAAGUUUCGAAGCUAGUGAUCGAGAUGAUGAAUGGAGAUAAAGGGAAUGAGAUGAGGAAGAAUGCGGUUGAUUUGAAAAACAUGAUUGAAGAGGCAUGUUCUUGUCCUUCUGGUUCGUCUAUGGCUAAUUUGGAGAAAUUGGUUGAUCUUAUUCAAACAUCUGCAAAAUGAUUCAGUCUAUUUUAGAUGCAUGUGUGUUUUUCCAUGUUAUUCGAUCUAAAUUGUUCGCAAAUAAUUUGUUCAGUUUCAAGUGUUCCAUGAUAUAUAGCUAUGUACUUUGCAUUCAAAACAAGCUUUGUGUUCAUCCUUUUCUCA